AUGCUGCUCACAUUCGCGCCGUCGACCCGGUUCCCGGUCACGAUCACCCAAAUCCACUUUACCCAAAAUGCCGACGUCAAGAAGUUACAGCCGAUCCUCACAUAUUCUUAUAAAACCCUGAUAACGGAAGACAAUGAGGAUGGAGAGGAGGUUCAGAAGGUUAUGGAUAUCAUAUCCAAAUAUGAGACUCCUAUUGAAGGCAAGAUCAAGAAGUGGAUGGUGGGGAAGGGGUCGGUUGUCAAUUCGCCAUCCACGGCAAUAGUGGAGAUUGACGAGCCAUGUCCGCAUCCUGUUGUGUGGAAUAACCAAUGCGCCGUCUGUGGCAUGGACAUGUCUGAGCAAACCUAUAUCAACUUUCACAAUCUCGAAACCGCCAACAUUAACGUUACGCACGAUAAUACCGGUUUAAAGAUCAGUAGAGGGGAAGCCGAGAAUAUAGAAAAGGAAGCCAAAAAGCGAUUACUCUCAGCUAAGAAAUUAUCGCUCGUCGUCGACUUGGAUCAAACGAUCAUUCAAGCUACCGUAGAUCCCACCGUUGGAGAAUGGAGAGAUGACCCGUCAAAUCCAAAUUACCAUGCGGUAAAGGAUGUGGAGGCAUUUCAGUUGCUUGACGAAGGCGCAGGAGGUAGAGGCUGCUGGUACUAUGUCAAGCUCCGUCCCGGUCUUAAGCGAUUCUUAUCCAACAUAUCAAAAAUCUACGAAUGCCAUAUAUACACCAUGGGAACUAGGGCGUAUGCUAUGAGCAUAGCUAAGAUUGUAGAUCCCGAAGGUAGCAUCUUUGGAGAGAGGAUAUUAAGUAGAGACGAGAGUGGAAGUUUAACAUCGAAAAGUUUGGAGCGGUUGUUCCCGGUAGAUACGAAAAUGGUGGUUAUCAUAGACGACAGAGGCGAUGUUUGGAAGUGGAGUGAUAAUUUGAUUAAGGUCACGCCGUAUGAUUUCUUCGUCGGGAUUGGAGAUAUUAAUUCCAGUUUCUUGCCAAAGAGACAUGACUACCAACUUGCCCAGCAAGCUGCGACAGUGGCGCAUACGACAAAGGACGACCCGCAAGUCAUAAACCCCCAGCAACUAACCGCUCCUCCCGUGAUCAUCACAAUUAAUGGCUCGGAAGACACAACGAUGGAGGAUUCGCCGGAUGCUAAGAAGGAAGACGGAGAAGAGACCGACGUAUCGCCUCUAGAACAGCUCGUGGAAAUGGGUGGUGGCGAUGAUCCGGAUGUUUUAGCCGAGCAGACCGUACGACAAAACGAAACGUUGACAGCGCAGCAAAAGGAUAGACCGCUGGCCAAGAAACAGGAGGUUCUUGACAAGCAAGAUAGCGACAGUAUUAGCAACCACUCGAACAAUGGCGAUACAAAUAGCGACAGCGGUCAUCGGCAUAAUCUGCUGCAUGAUAAUGACAACGAGCUGGAAUAUCUGGAGAAAGCUCUGACGGAGGUUCAUCUGGAGUUUUUUGAGGAAUAUCAGAGACGGUUGGUAACUACCAAAGGUGGUAGGGUUGCACAGGUUAGGGGAGGAGGUGGGAAAGGAGGGAAGAGGAUUCAGCAUGGUGGGGGUGGUGAUGGCGAUUAUUUGAGCAAUGUUCCAGACAUUAAGCAUAUCAUGCCGCGGAUGAAACGACGGGUUUUCGAUAAUAUCGUGAUCGUCUUUUCUGGUGUGAUUCCGCUUGGUGUUGAUGUUCAGAGUUCUGAUGUUGCUCAAUGGGGGAGGGCUUUCGGGGCCAUGGUGGUCGACGGGAUCAGCGCAGCAGUUACCCACGUUGUAGCUGCCAGGACGCGCACGGCGAAAGUACGAACUGCGGCUACCAAAUUUCCUCAUAUCAGGAUUGUUACCCCACAAUGGUUUUUCCAGUCCAUAACGAUGUGGCAUAAACUAGACGAAACUCCAUUCCUAAUAAAUAUCUACCCGGAGGAGAGAUUCGCCAACAGUAGUCCGCCACUACCAUCUAGUUCGAUGGGGUUUGAUGACCUUGAUGACCACAUGGAAUUAAGUUCCGAUGAAGAAGAGGAUGAUGAUGAUGACGGCGAUAGCGAUAUACAUACUCUCGACGGAAGGCCAGGUGUCAUUCCUGACCUGCUUCUACCCGGUGAAGCUGAAGAGGCACCAGACCUACACGACAUAAAUUGGGACGAGAUGGACAGGGAUCUACAGGAGUUCAUGGGGAGCGAAGCGGAUGACACAGACCUCGAGAGCAGGAACGGAGCCGACUAUGAAUCGGAUAGCGAGAGCAACUCUGGUGACCAACCUGAUGGUCUCAAGGUAUCAUUUGGGAACAAGCGUGACAGGAGUGCGACUCCGCCGCCAGACGGGACAGAUGAGCAAAAGAUCGUGGUUAGUGAGCCGCGAGAGAAAGAAAUGCUCAAGAGCCCUCUAUCGAAACGCCUUCGCAUGUCGAACAGCCGGUCGUCAAGCCUUAGAAACCUCACAUUGAGCGCAGAAGAGUCCAAGGUUGGGGAAUCGGGUAUACCAUCGCCGGCGCAGAGUAAUGGCGAUAGGGAAGAGAGCGUUCACGACGGGGAAGAGGACGAUUUCGAUCUUGAGGCGGAGUUGGGGAACGAAUUUGCUUGA